AUGUCAGAUGAUAUCUUAUUCGAUUCUAAAAACUAUUUUUAUUUAGGAAAUUACCAAUCAACUAUUAAUGAAAUUAAUAAGAAAUCAAGACAAAUUCAAGAUAAAUCAUUAAAAUCAGAAGCAGAUUAUUAUUUAUAUAGAAGUUAUAUAGCACAAGGAAACUAUGAAUUGGUACUCACAGAAACAAGAGGUAACGAUCAUCCAACCGUUUGUGGUUUACAAUUAUUAGCCACCUAUCUUUUAAACCCACAAGAUAAUCGUGAAAACGCCAUGGUCACUGUCACUCAAUGGAUAGCCGAUGGUAUUGUUAGAAAUAAUUAUCAUCUUCAAGUCAUUAUUGCAACUGUUUUUUUCAAUGAACAAUUGUUUGAAGAUGCUCUUCGUAUUUUAAAUGAAUGUGACUCUGUUGAAGGUUACGCAAUGUUAAUUCAACUUUAUUUAAAGAUCGAUCGUUUAGAUUUAGCUCAAAAAGCUUAUGAAAAUAUGAAAAAAAUUGUUGACCCAGAUGCAACUCCAGCUUUAUUAGCAUUAUCUUGGAUUAAUAUUUUUAAUGGCGAAGAAAAAUUAAAAUCAGCACUUUCAAUUUUUGAAGAAAUGUCAGAAAGAUAUGGAGCUACUCCAUUAUUAUUAAAUGGUCAAGCAGUUUGCGCACUUUCAAUGAGAAGAUUUGAAAAAGCCGAAUCAUUAUUAUUAGAAUCAAUCGAUAAAAACCAAAAAAAUGCUGAUACAAUUUCAAAUAUCAUCACUUGUUAUAUUAAUAUGAAAAAACCAAACGAAAUUAUUCAAAGAUAUUUAAAUCAACUUAAAAGUUUACAACCAAAUCAUGUUUGGACUGUUGCAGUAAAUGAUGCUGAACAACUUUUUGAUCAAUCAAAAUCAAGAUUUAAUUAA